UCCAAUAUGUUCAAAUUCCCUUUUUGUUGAAUCCUUCGACAUACAAAUAUGUCACGAUGAUUCAUUUUUUCCUAUUCUGGACCCUCUGCCUGCCCCUAUUCUAUUUCUCAGAAAGACAGGACAUGCUAAACACUUAAAAAGAAAGGCCAUAAUAAUAUGUUCAUGAACAUAAUUUCCUGUAAAAAGCUUUCAAUUUCAUUGCUUUUGUGCACGUUCUUUUCGUACUCUUUUGCUUACAAUUUCAUUAUUAGUAACAACUGUCCUUUUACAAUAUGGCCUGGUACACUGGCUGGCGCGGGAACCCCUCCACUUCCCACGACUGGCUUUCGAUUAGAUACAGGGCAAAGCAUCACAAUUCCAAGUGUAGCUGGAUGGUCAGGUCGCAUUUGGGCUAGAACUGGAUGCACUUUUGAUGCAUCGGGUAUUGGCUCAUGUCAGACAGGCGAUUGUGGUGGGAAGCUCGAGUGUAGCGGGCUUGGUGCCACCCCACCUGCCUCCCUCUUCGAGAUAACCUUAGGCACGGGAGACAACAAAGAUUUCUAUGACGUUAGUAUUGUUGAUGGCUAUAAUUUGCCAAUGGUUGCAGUCCCUCAAGGAGUCAACGGAAGAUGCAAUGCCACGGGCUGCCUCUCCAAUCUUAACAUGGGUUGUCCAAAAGAACUUCAACUGGUAGGUGGAGAUGGAGCAGGAAAUGUGGUAGCUUGCAAGAGUGCAUGUGAGGCCUUUGGUUUAGACCAAUAUUGUUGUGCAGGACAGUUUGCAAAUCCAACGACUUGCAAACCAUCUUUCUAUUCCACCAUCUUUAAGAAUGCUUGUCCAAGGGCUUAUAGCUAUGCAUUUGAUGAUGGCACCAGUACUUUUACCUGCAAGGCUAAUGACUAUGCAAUCAUCUUUUGUCCAAUGAAUGGGGUAAAGAGGCCAAAUGAAGAAGCAUCAACAGCUCCGGCGACUAGGCCUAUUGAAGAGAAUAAAACUGGAAAGUUUGCAGGGGUGGCUUCAUCUUCAAAUAUUCUCCUGCCUUUGCCAAUGCUGAUUGUGCUGCUAAUUUCCAGCUUAUAUCUCUAAACAUCAAUCAGAUUACAAGAGGACACAUUCAGAAAUUCAAUUGGAUGCAUGAUAAGAAGGGCAGACAAGAAUGGCACCUCAAGAAAAAGUUGUGCAUCCUUUGAAAAAUUUAGAGCCAAACAACACCAGGCCCACCUUUUCUUUGAAAAACAAAUACAAGUAGUUUCUUGCUUCUGGACA